GUUCCAGUGUCGGUGGCUAUGAUGACACCUCAAGUGAUCACUCCCCAGCAAAUGCAGCAGAUCCUCCAGCAACAAGUGCUAACUCCCCAGCAACUCCAAGUCCUGCUCCAACAGCAGCAGGCACUCAUGCUUCAACAGCAGCAGCUUCAAGAGUUUUAUAAGAAACAACAGGAACAGUUGCAGCUUCAACUUUUACAGCAACAACAUGCUGGAAAACAGCCUAAAGAGCCCCAGCAACAGCAGGUGGCUACGCAGCAGUUGGCCUUUCAGCAGCAGCUCUUACAGAUGCAGCAGUUGCAGCAGCAGCACCUCCUGUCUCUGCAGCGCCAGGGGCUGCUGACGAUCCAGCCCGGGCAGCCUGCUCUGCCUUUGCAGCCCCUUGCACAAGGCAUGAUUCCAACAGAACUGCAGCAGCUCUGGAAGGAAGUGACAAGCUCGCACACAGCGGAGGAGGCAGCCAGCAACAACCACAGCAGCCUGGACCUGUCCACCACCUGCGUCUCCUCCUCCGCCCCGUCUAAGACCUCCUUAAUCAUCAACCCCCAUGCCUCAACUAACGGACAGCUAUCGGUCCACACUCCUAAACGGGAGAGUUUAUCCCACGAGGAGCACUCACACAGCCACCCGCUCUACGGACACGGCGUCUGCAAAUGGCCGGGCUGUGAAGCAGUAUGUGAAGACUUCCAGUCGUUUCUAAA